ACUUAAGAACAUUCCCAUUACUUACGUGAAAGUGUAAUUUUACAAGUGAAAAUGAUCAGUCUGAGCGGUGCCAAAUUCUGCACUCAACUUCUCCUGUUUGUGUAUUUCUCGUCAGCAUAUUCGGAGACGUCACUAUACUCGUACUUGCCACCAAAACAAUGUCCUGUUGGUUCUGUAGGAACAUAUCCAAACUGCAAAUGUCCAGAAUCGUUUAUUGGUACACCUCCUAACUGCCAAGCGCCUGGAUAUCUACCGCCAGAAAACCAAAAGUGUCCGCAAGGAUUCUACGGAACAUAUCCAAAAUGCCGUGAGCCAUGUCCUCCUUACCACAUUGGAUAUCAACCAGAAUGCGUGCGCAUGAAAUGUCUGCCCGGCUAUAAAGGAGAAUAUCAGCCAGACUGUGUAAAAGUCGAUUGUCCUGCGGGAGAAAUUGGUCUCUAUCCGAACUGUGUGGCACCAACAACAGAAAGAUACUACGAAGUGAAAGAAUGUCCAGCAGGUCAGGUUGGAACACCGCCCAAUUGUCGUAACAAAUGUCCGUCCUUCACAUAUGGUGAACCACCAAAUUGUAAAAGAAUGAAAUGUCCAGUUGGAUGGGAAGGAGAAUAUCAACCGAAUUGCCAAUACAAACCAAAAUGUCCGCAGGAUAAGGUCGGUGUUUGGCCAAACUGUGUCUCUCAAUACUGUCCUCCUGGUUCGACUGGCACGUAUCCGAAUUGUAAAUGUCGACCCGGUACGACUGGAAUUCCACCCAAUUGUAAAGCAGAAAUUCCGUCGAAGAAUGGUUAUUUACCACCGUAUGUGCAGAAUGGAUAUCUACCACCGAAUAAUCAAGUUGGGCGAGAUGAUUAUCAAAAUUUAGAUUUACUACCACCGAAUGUUUAAGGCUGCAAUUCUCACGCAUAUUUUUCGUAAAUUAUUAUUUAUUGAAUUAGUGUAAGACAAUGUGAAUUGAAAGUGAUACAUUCAUUCAUCAAUACACUUGUUUUGAUGUCGAUGUGUUAAUGUUUAUUAUGUAUGCCGACAGAUGCAACAAGUGGACAAAACUGUUAUUUUAUUUAUUUUAUUUCACUCAAACAUUCCGAAUCAUGCACACAAUAAAAAGCAAACACUU